AUGACCACCACUAUUGCUCUUCCCUAUGACGACUUGCGGCCCCAUGUUCUCCGGCCCAAGAAGUCCUUCUUCCAGCGCCUCAACACCCCCGACCACCUCAUAUCUCGCAUGCGCUCCCUCAAGGUCGACGACUCCGCUUCCCUCCUCAGGCUGUCGUCUGAUCGUUCACGAGUAUCCACUGUAUCCCUCCUCUCUACCCCGGACCUUGACCGCGACUACUUCCCCGACCUGACCAAGCACACCGAACUCGAGCGACCAGUCUCCUGUGCUGUCCUUUCGCCCCCAACCUCACCAAUGGAAGGAAGCUUCUUUCCCAUCCAGCAGUUCCUUGCGCCCAUGGACCGGAAAACCAGCAAAGAGUUUGUCCAAGGCAUGCAAACCUACGUCCACUGGAAACAGGCUACCUACGAAUCAACCAUCAACCAAGCCCCAUCCACCUCGCCACCUCAAACCCCUCAAAGCUCCUAUUCCUGGACCUCGUCAAAGAGCUCCCGCAGCGAAAUGUCUGACGAGGAGAUGGAUGACUGGCUCGACAAGCCCAUGGAUGCCGAUGUCCAUCGCUUCCGCAAGCUAUCUGCUGCAUCUCUCGAGAGCCUGCCCUCGUCCGAUGGGUCCGAAAUCAAGAUUCACGUGAUCCAAGAGCAGCCCGACGAAGAAGAAAUCGCCGCCCAAGGCAACCGCCGACAGCUUUCCAGCAUGUGGCGCGAGACCUGGUGCUGGGAAACCAACAGCCAAAACCGCACUGCCAACGACCAAGGUUACGAAAUUGUCCUGCCAACAUCCACAGCUGACGACGACUCCUCGGCCAAGUGA